UCUCUCGUGUAGCACAUGAGAAUAGAUUUGGAGUGUGAGCUUUCGCCCAUAGAUCACACUUUCACGUUUUUCGUCAUUUUUUUGGUGCCUUUACUAACAUUUUUUUGGUGCGCGAUUUUUAUCUGAACGCCGAUUGACAAUGAGUCCUCGGUGGAUCCAGUCAAAAUAGCAUUCGAGUUUUUUUCGUGAUUUUUCAACCGUUAUUCGCAUUUUUUGGUGUGUAUUUUAACCGAAGAUCUUAUCUUUUCUAGAACAAUUCGGACAGUGUCGCGGUUUCAGUGUAUUCUGAGACGUUUCUAGAAUAAAACUUACGGCUCCCCAACCAUGUGCUAGGAGCUUAACAAAGUUUGUGAUAAGUGAUUUCACGGAUCUCGCGCAACUUACGAGGAUUUUACCGGUUGGUUGGAAGUGUUUUGAAAGUGAUUGAAAAUCAAAAAGUCCAUCUGAUAACACGAGGUGUGUUUUUCUUAAAAAGAGUGUUGAAAUAGUGAUUCGAAGAGGUUAAAAUGAGGCUCUGUCGCUAUAGUCUGAGUUGUGAUACCUCUGUUCUCGUCUCGAGGUGACCCGUGGCUGUGGGCGAGUGAUCAUGAAGAAAUCGAUUAUUGUGACAAUUACAAUCGGGCCUCCGGAUUGACGCUCAUUAAGGGGCCCCAAAGUCCAGACUGCUGAGCGAUGCAUUGGGGCCUUUUUAUUCUCCUCAAUUUCUUGCUCUUGCUCUUCUUCGGGGUCGGCGAAAGCAGGUUGUUCGUUGAGCGAUUUCCAGUGGGCUCCGCCGUGUGCAAAGUUCUCCCUGGAAUGAGUAAGGAGCAAUUGGCGCUUUGCUACAGGAACCCUGACGUCAUCAUGGCCGCCGUCGAGGGAAUCCACAUGGCCGUUGACGAGUGCAAAUUCCAGCUCAAAGACAAUCGCUGGAACUGCUCCACCAUGGAGACUAAAAACAAGAACCCCCACAGCAGCAUCAUCCUCCAGAGAGGUUACCCGGUCUCGGCGUUCUUCAAGGCGAUCGCCUCGGCGGGGGUGGCGUCCUCGGUGGCGCGGGCCUGCAGCAGCGGGCAGCUGAGCGACUGCAGCUGCGCGAGGCAGCGGCACCGCGGCGGGAGCAGCGGGCGCCGGCGGAGCGGCCGCGGUGGGUGGAAGUGGUCCGGCUGCUCGGACAACCUCCGCUACGGACUCGACUUCUCCCGGCGCUUCCUCGACGCCCGCGAGCGGAACGCGCUCGACAUCCAGUCCAGCAUCAACCUCCACAACAACAAAGCUGGAAGACUGGCUGUGGAGAACAACAAGCAAGUGAAGUGCAAGUGCCACGGCGUCUCCGGCUCCUGCGAGAUCAAGACGUGCUGGGUGACGGCGCCGGAGUUCCGGGUGGUGGGCGACGAGCUGAAGACCAAGUUCCAGAACGCCAUCCUCGUCGACCAGUCGAACCUCGGCAACGGGGCCACGCAGCUCAUCGAGGAGACCAACGCCGGGCGGAACCGCCGCGCCAAGCGCCCCGGCGUCGGGCCCGCGGGCCGGGGUCGCAAGAAGCAGCGCCGCUCCGGCUCCGAGAGGAACCUCGACAACUCCCUCCUGUACUACGAGAAGUCGCCGACGUUCUGCGAGAAGGACCCGAGCAUCGACUCGCCGGGCACCGAGGGCCGGCAGUGCAACCUCACGAGCAAGGGGCACGAUAGUUGCGCGUCCCUGUGUUGCGGGCGCGGGUACACCAGCGUCAAGAAGUUGAAGAAGGAGAGGUGCAACUGCAAGUUCCAGUGGUGCUGCACCGUUAGCUGCGAGACCUGCCUCAAGACCGAGUGGAUCACUGUCUGUCAAUAAAAAACGCGUAUCUGCA